AUGUCCGAUCUUCCUCCUCAGAACUUCCUCCCUCUCACUCCUCCUCCCAAGUCCUCCUUCCUCUCUCUCGCACCCGCAACAUCUCCUUCAUACCCUCAGAAGCCCGCCGUCCGCUCCCACGCUCGUCCUUCUCCCGAGCGACGAUCAUCAACCGAGUCUUCAGACUCCAACAACUCUUCAGCCUCUGGCUACCGCAUUCUCAAGCUUGGACCCGUUCACUGGGGCGAGCACGCUGAUGAGAACAAGCGUGACUUCCAUGAUGUUAUCCUUCACUAA